CAUGCCAGUAGUUUCUCGGGCCCGACUAGCGUCGGAUCGAAUGACCGUUUGAUGUUGAUAGCAGGCUUAGAGGCAGGAUUUUCGCGUUAACGUAGGCUAUAACUUCCCUCCUGAAGUCCUAAAAGGAUGACGUUUGGCUUUGAUCUGACGCGCUGUUUUGCUCCCAGACUUCGUUCCACUCUGACUGCACCUCCACCACGGCAGCGCUCAGCCAACAGAGCUAAGGGGCUGUCGGCUACUCUACUACCAGAAGUUUGGAGAAAUUAAAACUACACUUAAGCUUUGUUUGUGCUAAGUUUUUACCCGUUACUUGUAAUACCGUUAAUCGAUUCGGUGCCCUUCGUUGUUGAAAAUAUGAAGAAAUGGAUUUUAUGAAACUGAUUGGAAGUCUACUCACUCUUUUCUGCUUCCAAGGCUUCGCAGCCAAACUGUUCAGUGUGGACUUCUAUGCGCCUAGAGGUCAGCAGAUUUGCCUGCGCGGCACGGAGCGGCCGUGCUACAAGAUAGCAUACUUCCCGGAUGGUAAUCACAAGGUGAACUUCGAGGAAGCGCGGCGGGUCUGCCACAGCGACGGCGGCGAGCUCCUGAGCAUCGAGACGGAGAACGAGCAGCGACUGAUCGAGCGGUUCGUGCAGGAACUGCGGGCUGCGGACGGAGACUUCUGGAUCGGGCUGCGCAGGAGCCAGGGCCAUCAUGAAAGCAACAACGACUGUCCUGCACAGUAUCACUGGCUUGACGGCAGCCAGGCCACGUUCAGGAACUGGCAUUGGGAUGAGCCGUCUUGCGGGUACGAGGUGUGUGUGGUGAUGUACCACCAGCCGUCAGCAUCCCCGGGCAUGGCCGGUCUCUACAUGUUCCGGUGGAACGAUGACAACUGUGACACCAAAAACAACUUCAUCUGCAAGUACGCACGAGAAAAGCUCCCUGUUUCCACCACAGCAGCCAAUGGGACACACACAGAUGCCCCAAAUAUAUCUUUGAGGCCAAACUUUCCGCCAGACACACUGGAGGACGAGAAGAAAGUAGUGGUGUCUGAAUCCGCAAAUAACGCCCUGAACAUCACCUACAUAGUUCUUCCUACAAUUCCCCUUGCGGUGUUGCUGCUGGUGACCUCAGCGGUGCUCUGCUUUAAACUCAUCGCUCGAAGGAGAAAGGAGCAAGCGAGCGCCUGCCCUAAGGACACACGGUUCUGUGUGCCGGAGGGGGGGUGCAGCAGCCCCCCCAGCCAGGACGUGUACCAGGUGAUCGGCCGGCAGCACCACACAGACCUGGCCGGCACGCGCCCCGACGCCAGGAGCACGUCGUUCCGCCGCCCCUCCCCCGAAGCGCUCUGCCACGACUACGACAACCCCGUGAGCCAGCGCUCGGAGAGCGGCUUCGUCACCAACGACAUCUACGAGCCCUGCCAGGGGCGGGGCAGGCCCUACCGCGAGGCGGGGUGGGUGGAGAACGAGAUUUACGGCUACUGAGCCCCCGCAGAAUUCUCCACCCCUUUUCUUCGUCCCCCCUUCUCUCUACUCCUGCUCUCACUUUGCUCUGAGCACCCCAACGCUGCCUGCUGAGCAGGUGAGAGGGGUCCUGCCAGGUCUCCCCUGUGUCCAGGUACCCGCUGGUCUUGGGUAGACUGCAGUGGAGCCAACCGGUCUCCCCGCCUGUGGAUUCCUGAAACAAAAACAAAGAUCUAGGAAUGUGAAAGCCUGAGUAAAUGCUCUAAAAUGAAUUUUCUUCUCCCUGAAAAGUGAAUCUGCAACAUGUAUAAUGCUAAAGCCCUCCUUCCAAACCCCCCUCUCCGGACCCUUGUUAACCCUGGAAGGUAAAAAUGGGGUCGUUGUUCUGGCUCAUCAGGGUUAACAGAGUCGUGCCGCGGAGGACAUUCCAAAGGCACAGCUGUUCAUUCAAACCCCCCGCUGCUGAAGUGCAUCGCUGUCUCUUUCUAUUUUUCCACGUCCACGUGAGACUCUUCUUCCUGUUCCUGAAACAAUAACAGCAGUGACCGCAGCUGAGACGACAGGAAGGACAAAGCCAGACUUUUCAGUAAAGGAAGUGCGCUUCCUCUCAGGAUGAGCCCCGGUUCGGGCGGAAAGGGGGCAGUUUUUGGGGCUUUGCGUUUCUGGGAUUUUGCACGGACCUUUGGUGGCGCGUUUCAUUGCGUCUGCGCAGCUGCAGCGAGACUGCGGCCGAGGUGGUUCGGUCUUUGUCUCUCAUAAAGGGAGCCCAACAGGCCUGUUCAGGAACAGCCAUACUCAGAGGCCUCCUAAGACUGAGACUGGAAUGUGUUUGCUAUUAUGAAACAUGCUGUAAAUAAACCUGAUAAACAAUG